CAGUGUGAAGCGCAGUUUAUCUGUUGCAGUGAUGUAGCUUCCCACAGUAUUGCCACACUUUUCGUCGAGUUUCGUGUUUGGACACAGGUGUCAAUGGGGAAGAAGAAAGACAUGAUUCAUCCAAGAUUUCUUUCAGUAGAUGGGGACUUGUCCGGUGGACAUAAUGCACACAAAAAGAAGCACAAGAAACACAAAAAACACAAGAAGAAGCAUCACCGGGACGAUGGGGGACACGGGUUCUCCUCGGAGGCGCUGGAGUCGGACUCUGGGAUCAUCAUCAAGCCCCAGCUGAAGCUCAAGAUCAAACUGGGCGGGCAGACUCUGGGCACAAAGAGCGUUCCGACGUUCACGGUAGUCCCCGAGGUUCCGCGAUCCCCCUCGCCUCUGAUGAUCGUGGACGACGACGAUGACGACGACGAGCCCACGGAGGGAGUCCCCAUUGAGCAGUACAGGGCCUGGCUUGAUGAGGACAGCAACCUGGACCCCUCCCCACUCCCUGACAUGGACGCAGAUUCCUUCCUCGGGCCCCCCAUGGACGAGGAGGAGAAAUGGCUGGACGCCCUGGAGAAGGGGGAGCUGGACGACAACGGGGAGCUGAAGAAAGAGAUUGAUGAGUCGCUGCUCACAGUCAGACAGAAAGCCCUCCUGCACAAGCAGCAGACCCAGCCCCUGCUGGAGCUGCCCAUGGGCUAUAAGGAGAAGGAGAUGACGGAGGAGAUGAUGCAGAAGAGGGAGGAGAGGGCCCGCAAGCGGCGCCUCCAGGCCGCCAAGAAGGCCGAGGAGAACAAGAAGCAGACCAUCGAGAGGCUCACCAAGACCAGCAAGGCCAAGGUGAAGAGCAUGAGGGAGCGCAAGUCCAAGCAGGCGCAGUGUCCCAUGGUCCGCUUCUCCGACUCCUUCCAGGGCGCCGCCAUCUCCUUCCCCCUGGGCGUGGCCUCCCCGAGCCCCGCGCCCCCACGCCUCCCGCCCACCCCGGUCAGCUGCGGCGUGUCGGGCUGCCUCAACCUCAAGAGGUACUCCUGCUCCAAGACCGGGACGCCCCUCUGCAGCCUGGAGUGCUACAGGAAGAACCUCAUGGUUCAGAGCGUGGCCUGACCUGGACUCUCAACUGGUGCUUGUUCCUCCAGCCCCCGGUCUCCAAAUGUGACAGUUUGGACCUGGAAGGCAUUUUGUAACGAGCAUAUUAGACAUGCUUUACUUCCAUUCUAUAGAACAGAUAGUGAAUAUUUCUCCUGGGACUUUUUCAGUGCUAAACGUCCUACGGUUGGGUACAUUAAUGAAAGAAUUAUGUGGAAAAACAACAGUGGUAACAAUGUGUAAAUCAGUGAAUUUGAGCUAAAUUACACUGUAUUUAUUUAUGUAUAGCUGAAUACGUAGCACGGCCUUCAGUGCUUCAGUAGAUUAUAUGCAAAUUAAAAUAGUAAGCCUAUUUUUGUAAAGGACUGUGAAAUAAAUGGCAUUUUGAAUUUA